UUCGUACGUUUGUAAUUUGUAAUUUAUUGUUGAUCAACGUUUUUUAUAAGGGUAUUUCCUCUCGAGUGCAUCACAAUUUCUCCGGUUCGGUAUUUGAAAAAUCCUACGGCAAUCGUCCGCCACAAUGAAGUGUUUCGGUUGUUAUUCAGUGAAAAGAUUAGUUGUAAUUGAACGUUCGCGUACGCGUUUCUCUAGCAGCCUCAGCGGCAUUGAGAUUGUGUCACCGAUUAGCAUUUGACCCCGUUCUUGAGGCCGCCCACGCGUAUGAUAAAAUACACUGAUUAAUGGGGGGCAGUUAUGAAGAUUCAUUAUCACAGAAAUAGACUUGUUUGCAAUGAUUACAGUGUAAAACAAAGUUCUCAAUGAGAAUGUUUAUUGCGCCUAGUGUCGUCUGUGGCCCGGAGGAAAUGGUUAAUGUUUUCCAUCUGUCGAGAGCACAUCAAAAUGGUAGUUUAUUCGGAUAAUAACCAAAGCUGUACCUCGUGUUGUUGGCUGUUGCCAGUUGGCUAAUGAUUUGGAAAAAGGUCGUUCCAUGGUAGCAGAAAUCUGGGCUCGUGUGGCUACCUUAUAAGCUAAUCCGGAUGACGCAGCACUUGGAGAACUAGUAUAUUCAUUAGCAGCUGCUGCACAUUUCGAGCGAGACGCCACCAGCUAGUAUACGGCGUUGACUUCGAGCACAUGUUCCAUUCCGUUCGAAAGGCUUUAGAUAACUGGACUAAUGCCUAGACACUCAGUUUUUAUUUUCGGAAUAGGCACACACGGUUCGCCAAACCCUUUGCUGGAUCAGUGAUAAGCAGGAACGGUUGUGGAGUGGUUCUGGAAAAAGUUCGAUCAGCUUUCGUUAUUUAUUCAAGUGUCUCUUAAACGGAGUUUUGUCAAAAGUUCUCAAUGGACAAAAGUGAUGUCAGGAACGGAAAAAUGUAUCGAAACCUACCCCAACAUGACAACGGUCUGUCGGAACCCACCGUUCAAGAUGCGGAAGAGGAUUACACGGAGCGGAUGCCACAGCUGGGAUCACUGCUGAGAAACCGACUCCGGAAGGGAUGUUGCAGCACUAAGCUGGUCAAGAAGCGGUUGCCUAUACUGAGCUGGCUCCCGAACUACGAACGUCGCUUCUUCCUGGAAGAUGUGGUGGCCGGACUUACGGUAGGCCUAACGGUGAUCCCGCAGGGCAUUGCCUAUGCCGUAGUCGCCAGCCUGGAGCCCCAGUACGGACUCUAUUCUGCCUUCAUCGGGUGCUUCGUCUACUUCAUCUUCGGCAGCUGCAAGGACAUCACAAUCGGACCGACAGCCAUCAUGUCCCUGAUGGUGCAGAUUCACGUGGCCAACCUCGGACCAGCAUUUGCGAUUCUGUCUGCCUUUUUGGCAGGGUGUGUCAUUUUGAUACUUGGACUGCUCAAUUUAGGUUUCCUGGUACAAUUUAUCUCCAUGCCGGUAACGGCCGGAUUCACUUCAGCUGCUGCCAUAACCAUUGCAAGUGGUCAAAUCAAAUCGUUGCUGGGUCUGCAUGGGAAAUCCAACGAAUUUUUGGAAUCCUGGGAAAAUGUCAUCCACAAUAUCCAUCUGACCAGGCUGUGGGAUUCGGUGCUAGGAAUCGGUACCAUCGUUCUCCUGUUGCUCAUGAUGCGCCUGAAAGAUCUGGGUGGUCGCUGGCGAUCGCUUGGAAAGUAUCUAGCCCUAUCUAGGAAUGCCAUCGUGGUCAUCGGAGGUACACUGCUAGCCUACGGUUUGAGCAGCACCGGAAAUACGCCUUUUUUGCUAACCGGGAAUGUAACAUCCGGCCUGCCGCCAGUUCAGCUGCCACCGUUUUCGACAGUGGUAGGUAAUAAGACGUACGAGUUCAGCGACAUGGUUUCUGAGCUAGGAACUUCGGUUAUUGCGUUACCGUUGAUCGCAAUUUUGGAGAGCAUUGCCAUCGCCAAGGCAUUCUCGAAAGGUAAAACAAUUGAUGCAACGCAGGAAAUGAUUGCCCUAGGGUUAUGCAACAUUGCUGGUUCAUUCUUUUCUUCGAUGCCGGUAACGGGAUCCUUCACACGAUCGGCCGUCAACAACAACAGCGGAGUAAGAACUCCUGCCGGUGGAGUUACAACGGGGCUGGUAGUGCUGCUUGCUUUGGGUCUCUUAGCCAAUACAUUCUAUUUCAUUCCGAAAGCUACCCUGGCAGCAGUCAUCAUUGCCGCUAUGUUUUUCAUGGUUGAGUUCCACGCGGCAGCUGAAAUCUGGCGGACAAAGAAAAUAGAUAUCAUACCCUUUUUUGUCACGUUGCUGACUUGUUUAUUGUUAGGUUUAGAGUAUGGUAUGGUGAUAGGAAUCGCUGUCAAUCUUUGCUUCGUACUGUACAAUACCUCGCGUCCGAAGAUUGCCUACUACAUCGAAAAGGUCAACGGUUUUGAUCUUUUGGUCGUGGCACCAGACCAAUCUCUCAUGUAUUCAUCUGCAGAAUAUCUGAAAUCUCGUAUACUGAAACUGUCGCAGCAAAAUUCUGUAGACGCCAUCGCUAUCAAUGGUACUGCUAUCAAUAGUAUCGACUCGACAGUUGCCAAAAUUUUAGCUAGUAUCGUGGAAGACCUUGGACUUCAACGAAGGCCGGUUGUAUUCUGGAACUGGCAACGUGCUGCACAGCACACGGCAUUCCGGCUGGACGCUGAAAAGUUCGUACCGUUAUUCAAGCAUGGCCAUACGUUGGAAGAAGUGCCUGUUCAGUGCUGGACACUGGACGAUCAAGUGGGGGCCUAACAACCAGUUGUGAUUAAUCGUUACCUCUAGGAUGCAUUAUUUAUUGUGAGCGUUUACGCUCGACAAAGAUUUUAACUUUAGACGCCAAACUUGUUUUUCCUAAGACUAGGUUAAGAUUAAGUAUGUAAGAAAACCGUUUGCGGAAGGCAUAAGUGAAUAAAAGUACGAAAAAAAUAAA